AUGUCGGACGCACGCGUCAAGUUUAAUCUAGGCACUAAUCAAGAGGAUACUGAAGAAGAGAUCUUCCUUCCUCCCGCUCCACUCCUUGCCGGUGCUCACGUCGGUGGAUUGCCGAGCUAUCGUGAUCUCUACUCGGAUUCCAUCAACAAUUCCGAUGCCUUUUGGUCCAAGAUUGCCAGUGAAUUGCAUUUUGAGAGCAAGGGAGAGAAAGGGAUCGAGUCUAACUUUGACUAUCGCAAGGGCCCCGUCUACACCCAUUUUAUGGCCGGCUCCAAGACCAAUAUUGCCUACAACUGCUUGGAAAGGAAUAUUCAGCGCGGGUAUGGAGAUCGAAUUGCCUAUCUGUGGGAGGGUAACGAGCCCUGUGACAGCUCCACCAUCACCUAUUCCGAGCUGCACAAACAGGUUGUCAAUUUCUCGGCUGUCCUGCGCGGGAAUGGUGUGAAGAAGGGAGAUGUCGUUGCUAUUUACCUGCCUAUGAUUACCGAACUGGCGGUCGCGAUGUUGGCGUGUGCUCGAAUUGGGGCCCUCCACAGCGUCGUUUUUGCCGGAUUUUCCGCCGAAUCGCUGUCGACGCGUGUUGUGGACGCCAAGUGCAAGGUGAUUGUGACGGCUGACGGGUUCUUCCGCGGACCAAAGUCCGUUAUUCUGAAGCCGAUCGUUGACAAGGCUGUGGCCAUUUCUAAGACUCAUGGUGUCGAUGUGGAAACGACGAUUGUUGUUCAACAUCUGGACCGCGCUACCGCCCCGGGUGGCCAAGCUGUUCCCAAGGUGACCUGUGACAAGCCCAUCGAUCGUCUCUACGAAAAGGAGAUGGCCAAGUACAAGGGCGAGGAGUCCCCGGUCGAAUGGGUCGAUGCCGAGGAUCCGCUUUUUAUUCUCUAUACAAGUGGCUCAACCGGAAAGCCGAAGGGCAUCCUCCACACCACCGCCGGAUACAUGACCUACGCAUACGCUACCACAAAGUUCAACUUUGACUUGCACCCCGAGCGUCCGGAUGAUAUUUAUUGGUGUACGGCGGACUGUGGUUGGAUCACUGGCCAUUCGUAUCUUCUCUACGGCCCUCUGAUAAAUGGUGUCACAUCGGUGUUCUUUGAGGGCGUCCCAUCUUACCCGGAUCCCAGCCGUCUCUGGCAGGUCACCGAGAAGUAUAAGGUUGGCAAGCUCUACACAUCUCCGACGGCGAUCCGCGCUCUGAUGGCCUGUGGCGAUCAAUAUGUCACCAAGCACGAUCGCUCGUCGCUGAAAAUCCUGGGCACCGUCGGCGAGCCGAUCAACCCGGCAGCGUGGCGAUGGCUUCACAAGAUUGUUGGCGAGACGCGCUGCUCGGUUGUGGAUACCUACUGGCAAACUGAGACGGGUGGCCAUAUGAUUGCCCCACUCCCCGGCGCUGUCCCGCAAAAGCCCGGCUCGGCCACGCUACCCUUCUUCGGCGUGGAGCCCGUGCUCCUCGACGCUGAGGGCCGCCUGAUUGAGGGCCCUGGUGAGGGAAAUCUGUGCUUUGCGAGGGCAUGGCCUGGAAUGAUGCGCGGGGUUUAUGGCGAUUAUGAUAGGUUCAUUUCUACUUAUCUGAAGCCAUUCCCUGGGUAUUAUUUCACCGGAGAUGGUGCUCGUCGUGAUGAGGAUGGAUAUUUGUGGAUCACUGGACGUGUUGACGAUCUGAUGAACGUCAGCGGCCAUUUGCUGAGCACUGCUGAGAUUGAGGGAGCUCUCACUCAACAUCCCAAGGUAGCGGAAGCGGCGGUCGUCUCUGCCCCCCAUGACAUCAAGGGCAACUACCCGUACGCCUUCGUGACGUUGAACAACGGCGAGCGCCUGACCAAGGAGCUGGUCGUCGAGCUCAAGCAGAUUGUCCGUGAGAAGAUCGGCGCCAUCGCCCAGCCGGACAUUAUUCAGGAGGCCCCUGGACUGCCGAAGACACGCUCUGGAAAGGUAACGCGCCGUAUUCUCCGGAAGAUUGCCGAGGGAUGUGAGAGCGGAUUGGGCGACACGACGACCCUUGUUGAUGAGACCGUCAUCCAACAACUCAUCAACGGUCGUGACAAUCAGGCA